AUGGAGGCCCCCGGACGCCCUCCCGCGGGCGCCGCGCUUGCCCCGGCGCAGGCGGGCCACGCGAUGGCCGCAGCGCUGCCGCACGCGGCCUUCCAGUCCGGGGCGGUGCUGGCGCAGGGGAAUGGCGCGUUCGCCAAGUUCCCAGGUGGAUGUUUGCCCCAGUUGGUAGUGCCUCUGGGGCAUCCCGUUGCGCAGCCCCCGUGGCUGAAGCAGCAGGUCCCGCCACCGCCACCGCCCUCGGCUUCCCUGCCGCAGGUGGUCGCGUUCCCUGGCGGGGCAGCCGUGUCCUUCGGCAGCCCAGGCACGCAGCAGAAGCAGGCUUCCCCAGCCGCGGCAGGCAUGGGCAUGUUCCACAAGCAGCCGCCGCCUUUGGCGCCAGGGAUGGUCGCAGGAGUGCAGGUGCAGCACAAGCAGCCGCCGCCUGCCGCACCGACUGGCGGCGCGGCGCUGGCGCCUGUAGUCACGGCGCCUGCGGCGGCGCUGGUGGUCCAGCAGUCUGCGGCCGUGCCAGCGCCACCGCCCUGGCGCCAAAGCUCAGAGCUGGCGCCAGCCGUGGCGCCACCGCCGUGGCGCCAGAGCUCGGAGUUGGCGCCCGCACCGAAGACGGCCGCGCCAGCGCCGCCGGAGGCCCCCUGCGCGGCGGCCAACGGGGCACCCGCGAGCACGAAGGUGCCUCGCGCCGACGCCUCGGAGGAGGCCGCUCCUGCGGAGCCGCCGCAGCCGCCCGUGCCCUCUGUCCCGCGGGAGCCGGCAGCGGCUGAGACGGCGGAGGUGCCUCGCACCGACAGCUCGGCAAAGGCUGCCCCUGCGGAAUCGUUGCAGUUGCCCGUGCCCGCAGUCCCUCAGGAGCCCGCGGCGGCUCAGAGGGCGGAGGUGCCUCGCACUGACGCGUCAGCAAAUGCCGCCUCCGCGGAGCCGCCGCAACCGCCCGCGCCCGCUGUCUCGCGGGAGCCCGCGGCAGCUGAUACGGCGGAGGUGCCGCGCGCCGCCACCCUCGCGGAACCGCCGCAGCCGCCCGUGCCCGUUGUCGCGCCGGAGCCCGCGACGGCUGAAUUGGCGGAGGCGGCGCCGGCCAGGACCAGCGCCCGCCAGGAACCGCCCGAAACACAGCAGCCACAGAAGUCACCUGAUCAGGAGGAGCAGUGGCUGCUGCAGCAGGAGCUGCAGAGGCAGAUGCAGCAGCAGCUCCAGUCUUCGACAGUGGCUAAGGCAUCUGCUGCGGAGCAGCCGCCAGCGAAGGCGCCGCCAAGCCAGCAGCCGCAGCCACCGCAGCCGGAGCCACAGCAACAACCGCAGCAGCAGCCGCCACAGCAGAAGUCGCCGUCGCAGCCGCUGCCAAAGCAGCCGCCGCUGCCGCUGACGGACGAGCAGGUGAGGCAGCAGCAGCAGAUGCAGCAGACGCAGCUGCUGCUGCAGCAGGAGCUCCAGCAGCAGAUGCAGCAGCAGCUGCAGCAGCAGCAGCAGCAGCUGAGGCAGCCGCAGGAGGCGGCCGAGGCCGCAGCGGCGCAGCAGGCCGCCGCGCAGCUCGCGUUGAGGCAGGCCGCUGCGCAGCAGGUGGUGCAGCAGGAGCAGCUGGAGAAGCAGAAGUUGCAAGCGAUGCAACAGCAACAGCUUCAGAUCGUGUCAGCCUCGGGUCGCAUGAUGGGGGAGGUGCUGACCUGGGACUCCUCGAAGGGCUUCGGGUUCGUGGGCUGCCCCGAAAUCAAAGCAAAGCACGGCAAAGACGUCUUCAUUCACAGGAGGUUCACGGGCCUCAUGCUGGAGGUUGGCGAAGUGUUGAGCUUCACAGUGGAGAUGAACGAGCAGCAGCAGCCACAGGCCAGGAACAUCGAGAAGCUCCAGGAGCUUACGCAGCAGCGGGCCCUGGUCAAGCUGCUGGAGCAGCACCGCCUCGCAGGUGCCAGCCUCGCGGGCGCCGGUUUCGCAGGCCAGCCAACCCAGCUCGUCGCGGGUGCCGCCACCCAGCAGCUGCAGCAGGGAAGCGGACAGUUCUUCCAGUUCUCCCCCGGAACAGUGCCCCAGCACACGCAGAAGCAGCAGCCAGCAGAUGCCGCCUUGCAGUCAGCAUCAGUGCAGCAGUUGCUGCAGCAGUUGCUGCAGCAGCAACUGCUGCAGCAGCAGCUCCAGCAGCAGGCGCAGCAGCAGCAAAUGCAGCAGCAGCAGCAAGUGCAGCCUCAGGCAAAGCCGCAGCAGGAUGCGCAGCCGCCUCCGCUGCAGCAGCAGCAGGGGCAGCCUCCGCUGCUGCAGCAGCAGCAGCCUCAAACGCAGCAGCCGAAGCCGCCCGCAGCAGUACAACAGCAGGAGCCGGCUCCCACGCAACAGGAGCCAGCGACGACGAAGCGGGAACCAGCAGCGCAGGAGGUACAGGCGGCGGGCGCCCCCCUGGCAGGGCCCGCCGCCACCCUGGCGGCCCUCUUGUCGACCAUGCCUGCCAAGGCCGGAGGCGCCGCUCCGCCGAGGGCAGUUGCCGCCGACCAGGCGGAUUCGCCGCCGCCCCCGCCGCCUGGGCCGCCGCCAGGCACGCCCGCACAGGCC